GUGGCUGGCUAAGUCCCUCCCGCGCCGGCUCUUGUCCCACUAGGAGCAGCUCAGUGCAGCCGGGACAGGGCGAAGCGGUCUGCGCCCACGGAGCGCACGCCUCUGCUCGCAACGCAGCACCACCCUUGCCCCCGUCGGCUGCCCACUCCACACGUCCAGCGGCUCCGCGCGCGCACGAUGCCCUCGGCCACCAGCCACAGCGGAAGCGGCAGCAAGUCGUCGGGACCGCCGCCGCCGUCCGGGUCCUCCGGGAGUGAGGCGGCGGCCGGGGCAGCUGCGCCGGCUUCUCAGCACCCGGCAACCGGCACCGGCGCGGUCCAGACCGAAGCCAUGAAGCAGAUUCUCGGGGUGAUCGACAAGAAACUUCGGAACCUGGAGAAAAAAAAGGGAAAACUUGAUGAUUAUCAGGAACGAAUGAACAAAGGGGAAAGGCUCAAUCAAGAUCAGCUGGAUGCUGUAUCUAAGUACCAGGAAGUCACAAAUAAUUUGGAAUUUGCAAAGGAAUUACAGAGGAGUUUCAUGGCACUAAGUCAGGAUAUUCAGAAAACCAUAAAGAAGACUGCACGUCGGGAGCAGCUUAUGAGAGAAGAAGCAGAGCAGAAGCGCUUAAAAACUGUUCUUGAGUUACAGUACAUACUGGAUAAACUGGGAGAUGACGAAGUCAGAACUGAUCUGAAACAAGGUUUGAACGGAGUGCCAAUAUUGUCUGAAGAAGAACUGUCAUUAUUAGAUGAAUUCUACAAGUUAGUAGACCCCGAGCGGGACAUGAGUUUAAGGUUAAAUGAGCAGUACGAACAUGCCUCCAUUCACUUGUGGGACUUGCUGGAAGGGAAAGAAAAGCCUGUAUGUGGAACAACCUAUAAAGCACUAAAGGAAAUUGUUGAGCGUGUUUUUCAGUCAAGUUACUUUGACAGCACUCACAGCCAUCAGAAUGGGCUGUGUGAGGAGGAAGAGGCAGCCUCAGCACCUACAGUGGAAGACCAGGUAGCUGAAACUGAACCUGAACCAACAGAAGAAUACACGGAGCAAAGUGAGGUUGAAUCAACAGAGUAUGUCAAUCGACAAUUCAUGGCAGAAACACAGUUCACCAGUGGUGAGAAGGAACAAGUGGAUGAGUGGGCAGUUGAAACGGUUGAGGUGGUAAACUCACUCCAGCAGCAGCCUCAGGCUGCAUCUCCGUCAGUACCAGAACCCCACUCUUUGACUCCAGUGGCUCAGUCAGAUCCACUUGUGAGACGGCAGCGAGUACAAGAUCUAAUGGCCCAAAUGCAGGGGCCCUAUAAUUUCAUACAGGAUUCAAUGUUGGAUUUUGAAAAUCAGACGCUUGAUCCUGCUAUAGUUUCAGCACAACCCAUGAACCCUACUCAAAACAUGGAAAUGCCUCAGCUUGUUUGCCCUCCUGUUCAUUCUGAAUCUAGACUUGCCCAACCUAAUCAAGUUCCUGUACAACCAGAAGCUACACAGGUUCCUUUGGUUUCAUCCACAAGUGAGGGGUAUACAGCGUCUCAACCCUUGUACCAGCCUUCGCAUGCUGCAGAGCAGCGGCCACAAAAGGAGCCAAUGGAUCAGAUUCAGGCAACAAUAUCUUUAAAUACAGACCAGACUACAGCCUCAUCAUCCCUUCCUGCUGCUUCUCAGCCUCAAGUGUUCCAGACUGGGACAAGUAAACCUUUGCAUAGCAGUGGAAUAAAUGUAAAUGCCGCUCCAUUCCAAUCCAUGCAAACGGUGUUCAAUAUGAAUGCCCCUGUUCCUCCUGUUAAUGAACCAGAAACCUUGAAACAACAGAAUCAGUACCAGGCUAGUUAUAAUCAGAGUUUUCCCAGUCAGCCUCACCAAGUGGAGCAAACAGAGCUUCAACAAGAUCAACUGCAAACGGUGGUUGGCACUUACCAUGCUUCCCAGGACCAGCCCCAUCAAGUGCCUGGCAACCACCAGCAGCCCCCCCAGCAGAACUCUGGGUUUCCACGUAGCAGUCAGCCUUACUACAACAGUCGUGGAGUGUCCCGAGGAGGAUCUCGUGGUGCCAGAGGCUUAAUGAAUGGAUACAGGGGUCCUGCCAAUGGAUUUAGAGGAGGAUAUGAUGGUUACCGCCCUUCGUUCUCGAAUACUCCAAACAGUGGUUACACACAAUCUCAGUUCAGUGCUCCCCGGGACUACUCUGGCUACCAGCGGGAUGGAUAUCAGCAGAAUUUCAAGCGAGGCUCUGGGCAGAGUGGACCACGGGGAGCCCCACGAGGUCGUGGAGGGCCCCCAAGACCCAACAGAGGGAUGCCGCAAAUGAACACUCAGCAAGUGAAUUAAUGUGAUUCACAGGAUUAUGUUUAAUCGCCAAAAACACACUGGCCAGUGUACCAUAAUAUGUUACCAGAAGAGUUAUUAUCUAUUUGUUCUCCCUUUCAGGAAACUGAUUGUAAAGGGACUGUUCAUCCCAUAAAGACAGGACUACAAUUGUCAGCUUUAUAUUCCCUGGAUAUGGAAGGAAACAAUUUUUACUCUGCAUGUUCUGUCCUAAGCGUCAUCUUGAGCCUUGCACACAAUACUCAGAUUUCUCACCCUUGCUUAGGAGUAAAACAUUAUAUUCUUACGGGGUGAUAAUAUCUCCACAGUUAUUUGAAGUGGCUUGGGGGGAAAAAAGCAAGUUUGACUUUUCGAUAUUGGAUAAAAUCUACAAUCAGCCCUAGAAUUAGUCACUGGUAAUCGACAAAGUUAAAGCAUUUUCCUUGAAAGGAAGAUGAAAGGCGUGGAGUGUGGUUUGGCAAAGCAACUACAUUUCACAGCUUGUCCCGUUAAAUCGGAGCACCGACUGAUUAGAAGCAUACCAAAUUACGCUUGGGUCCUUAAUCACACAAGUGAGGCUGUCUACCAGCCUUGCCUCAGCACUAGUCACCUGGCCAGACGACUGUGAUUAAAACACAUGGAAAUUAUUACUUUUCAGUAGUGGAUAUGGUAUAAGUCAAAGCCAAAAUGCAAAUUGGGCUUAGAGUGGCUCUUCUGGAAAAAUAUGCAACAAAUACGGGGUAUGAUCUGGAUGGGAUGCUUCUGUACUCAAUGUGAACUAUUUAGAUACCUUUUGAACACUUAACAGUUUCUCGGAAACAGUGACUUAAUGAGGAUUGGUACUGCUUGUCAUUCCUCACGAUAAUGUGCAUUGUCAUCACUAAUCCUUGGAUCUUGUUGUAUUGUUACCUAAAUUGGUAUAGGUACUGAUGAAAAUCUCUAAUGGAUGGAUAAUCAUAACACUUUUGGUCACAUGUUUUUCUCCUGCAGCCUGAAAGUUCUUAAAAGAAAAAGAUAAAAUGCCUGCUGCUACCACCCUUUUAAAAUUGCUAUCUUUUGAAAAGCACCAGUAUGUGUUUUAGAUCAGUUUCCCUAUUUUAGGGAAAUGACAAGACAGUAGUUUCAGUUCUGAUGGCAUAAGCAAAACAAAUAAAACAUGUUUCUAAAAGUUGUAUCUUGAAACACUGGUGUUCAACAACUAGCAGCUGAAGUGAUUACCCCAGCCAUCAUUAGUGUCACAGACAUUGUGGUUAUAUCUGGCAGCUGUUUCUAAAAGAGUUUCACUUUCUUUUGUCUAAUUUAACCCUAAUUGAAUUCUCCUUUUCUUGUGGAGACAUUUAUGUUCAAAGUGUUGGUUCUUUGCCUUAGAUGCAUAAGGAGAGUAUACAGUUGGAUGGAGAUGGACGUUUAGCAGUGUUUAGCAGCCAUAUGUUCUGUGUUGGGUUUUGUGCUAGCAGUUUGAGCACUAGUUCUGUGUGCCUAUGAACUUAAUGCUGCUUGUUGUCCCCCUCCAUUUUACUUCAUAGAGAAUUCAUUCCUCAUGUUAAGCAAAGGCUACUAAGUUAAUGUUACUUUCUGUACAGAAAUUAAAAUGUACUUUUAGCCUUUAGCAAACAUUUUUUUUUCCCAAGCAGGCAAUUAGCUACUCAAAAACAAAACAAAAUUAUUCUCACAUAUUCAUCAUUAGACAACUGGAGUUUUUGCUGGUUUUGUUGCCUACUAAAAAUGGUUAGGCUGUUGAACAUUCCACAUUCAAAAGUUUUGUAGGGUGGUGGAUAAUGGGGAAGCUUCAAUGUUUAUUUUAAAAUAAAUAAAAUAAGCUCUCGACUUUU